GAAGCACUGCAAGGACUACUGUCGCCAGAAAAUAUGCCACCCUCACAGGAUCGUUCUGAGCCUGUGUUAAGUACCUGAUUAGAACAGAAAACCAUGCUGAUUUAGUUUAAUUAAAAGUGUGUUAUUGAUCGUUUGUAUGGAUUUAUUUUUACCCCGCAUUAUUCCCUUUCUUGGAUAUUUAUUAUCUACCUGUACAGUAGGUGGCGGAAUGCACAUAUAAUUGUUGGGAACGCUAAUAUACUGAAGAAGAAAACGCUUGGACUUUGUAUGUCUGGAAUUUACGUCCUGUGUCGGCUUACGUAGCUACCAGAGGAAGAAUGGCCGGCUGGAUGUGGUUUCGCUGCUUUUUGGGGCCUCAUCUCCAGAGAGUGCACCGUUCACAGGGAUGGACUUAUCAACCCAAGAGCCUGGAGAAACACACUGACAGCAUCCUCGGAUGGGCGUCAGCUUUGUGGUCUCUGUCAUACUACAGCUCUCCUCUCCUCCUCUGCUACCUUUACAGAAAAGGGUACAUCUGCAGCAGUAAGCUGGUCCCAGUCAGUCAGUAUGUGGGAACAGUAAUGGUUUGUCUGCUGGGAGUCGCCUGUCUGAGAGGUUGGGGACGGUGGAGGAACUCGGAGUAUCAACAGUUCAUCUCCAUUCUGGAGGAAACCAGGAAGAACCACACGCCUAGCAACAAGAAAAAAUUGGCCUGCUAUGAUUUUGACUUCUCUCACUGGCCGGCAGACUUCAGCUGGGAAGAAGUUAGCAAUCCGAAGCUGCUGUCCAAGACAGGAGUGUCUCUACUGAAGCCAGAGCCCAAACUGAGAGGGGCAGCAGACAACGUGCUCAACUCUUUACGCACUCUACCAUGCCACAUCGUCAGUUUUCUGAUUGCCCACUCAUUUGGGAGGAGGAUGCUAUACCCUGGGUCUGUAUUCCUACUGCAAAGGGCUAUGAGACCCAUGCUACUACAGGGCCAGGCUAGACUUAUAGAAGAGUGUGAGGGCCAGAGGAACAAGCUGGUGGCGUGUGAUGGGAAUGAGAUUGAUACCAUGUUUGUGGACCGCAGGAGAGACGAAAGACAGCACGGACAGACUCUGGUGAUCUGCUGUGAGGGGAACGCAGGCUUCUAUGAGGUGGGAUGUAUGAACACUCCAUUGGAAGGUGGAUACUCAGUGCUUGGCUGGAACCACCCUGGCUUUGCAGGAAGCACGGGCGUACCGUUCCCCCAGAAUGAGGCCAAUGCCAUGGAUGUAGUGAUCCAGUUUGCAGUGCACAAGCUGGGCUUCCAGCUCAGUGACAUAGUGGUGUAUGCCUGGUCCAUAGGGGGAUUCACAGCCAGUUGGGCGGUGAUGUCCUAUCCAGAGAUCCAAGCACUGGUGUUGGACGCAUCCUUUGAUGACCUGCUGCCUCUGGCCCUCAAGGUCAUGCCCGACAGCUGGAGGCCGCUGGUGACACACACAGUCAGGCAGUACAUGAACCUCAACAGCGCAGAUCAACUCUGCAAGUACCAGGGACCAGUGCUUCUAAUCAGAAGAACCAAAGAUGAGAUCAUUACCACCACGGGUCCAGAAGACAUCAUGUCCAACAGAGGAAACAACCUCCUGCUCAAACUUCUGCAGUUCAGGUACCCCAAGGUGAUGACAGACGAUGGAGUCAGGGCCAUCAGAGCAUGGCUGGCAGCCUCCAACCACGUAGAAGAGGCAGCGGUGUACAGUAGCUAUGAGGUGGAUGAUGACUGGUGUGUGUCUGUACUGCAGUCGUAUAAGACGGAGAGAGACGUUUUCUUCCCCUGGAGCGUUGGUGAGGACAUGACACUGGAGGGAAGACGGCAACUGGCUCUUUUCCUGGCACGGAAGUACAUGCGGAACUUCGACUCAACUCACUGCACUCCUCUCCCCUACUCUGAAUUCACUGCCCCUUGGAGACUGUAGAAAGAGGGUUGAAGGAUGGAUAGAAACGAGAAGCAAAGAGCCUGGCGAGACCAACCAAUCAGAGGUUUACAGCGCAUGGAUUGAAUGUGUUAUAUGUAUCUAGGGGAGCUGUUCAAGGCAGCUAGACCCAGUCGGUAUUAGAACGUUGGGACCCUGUCCACCUGUGGUUACCCCAUUGGCUCAUAGCAAAAACUUGACAUUUGUCUACUUAAUUAUAAAAUGAAAUGUAAGAAAUGUACAUGUCUAAAGAUUACUGCUCCCUAGCGUUCUCACUACUUAGAAAAACGUAAUAUUGCCUCAUGCCCCUUUUUUAUGAAGAUGCUAGCGGCCGACCGGAACAUCAAGCUGGUCAAGACCAACGUUAUACAGCUACAAGUAGUGAGUGGAGUUAAACGAACUGUACUAAACAAGUUAAGUCUUACCUGUGAGUGCUUUCCCCACACGUAGCCUGCUUUCCCACGCCACAGGGCUCUUCCUCGACAUGGGAGCAUUGCGAACAGUAGGUUGUGAUUUUUGACCUGGCUACAUGUACAUCGAACACAGCAGCUUUUUCGCAUGUUUUAUUUCUGUACAAAACAAAAAUAAACUAAGUUGGCUCUUUUACAAUGGGGUGAAUGGUAAAGAAUUUUUGUUUUCACAAUGUGGGCGUGGUCUAAGGGAAUUCCUUAUCGUCUGAGAAUAAUACCUUGACUACAUCGCGUCGCAAAAUAAAUGUAGAAAUUUAUAUUAUUAAAUUAUUGCACCCACGCGUCAACGAGCGUUUGUGUUGCCGAGAGGUAAAAUAGAAGUUACACAGGACCCAAACUGGAUGCCUGCGUGCGCCAUCGUGCAUAAAUAUAUAUAUAUACUUUUUAAGCCUGGAAGGAGGAGAGAUGACUAGAAAUGAUUCUGUUGACCGUUUUAUGUAUGGAUUAAUUGUCGAGGUAGAGGACCUUGUGCAUUUCAGGUAAAAUAACAAUUUAUGAAUUGCCAUAAACGUUUAAUGCUUUUCGACGUGUCCCCAAAUUAAUGUAAUUGGUUCAGUUUGUUUUGAUGUUUGGUGUGGGGGAACAAAAUAAAUGUGUGCACGGAUGCAGCUGGUUUGGGUUCCGUGUUGUAAUGGCUUUGUUCAUAUUUAUAAACUGGGUGGUUCCAGCCCUGAAUGCUGAUUGGCUGACAGCCGUGGUAUAUCAGACAUUUAUUUUUACUGCUCUAAUUACAUUGGUGGCCAAUAUACCACGGCUAAGGGCUGUAUCCUGGAACUCCGCAUUGCAUCGUACAAAAGAACAGCCCUUAACUGUGGUAUAUUGACCGUAUACCACACCCCCCCCGGGCCUUAUUGCUUAAAUAUACACUGCUGUCCUCAAGAAGCAUCUGGUACAAUGAGAACUAUAUACACUGCUCAAAAAAAUAAAGGGAACACUUAAACAACACAAUGUAACUCCAAGUCAAUCACACUUCUGUGAAAUCAAACUGUCCACUUAGGAAGCAACACUGAUUGACAAUAAAUUUCACAUGCUGUUGUGCAAAUGGAAUAGACAAAAGGUGGAAAUUAUAGGCAAUUUGCAAGACACCCCCCAAAACAGGAGUGAUUCUGCAGGUGGUGACCACAGACCACUUCUCAGUUCCUAUGCUUCCUGGCUGAUGUUUUGGUCACUUUUGAAUGCUGGCGGUGCUCUCACUCUAGUGGUAGCAUGAGACGGAGUCUACAACCCACACAAGUGGCUCAGGUAGUGCAGUUCAUCCAGGAUGGCACAUCAAUGCGAACUGUGGCAAAAAGGUUUGCUGUGUCUGUCAGCGUAGUGUCCAGAGCAUGCAGGCGCUACCAGGAGACAGGCCAGUACAUCAGGAGACGUGGAGGAGGCCGUAGGAGGGCAACAACCCAGCAGCAGGACCGCUACCUCCGCCUUUGUGCAAGGAGGUGCACUGCCAGAGCCUUGCAAAAUGACCUCCAGCAGGCCACAAAUGUGCAUGUGUCAGCAUAUGGUCUCACAAGGGGUCUGAGGAUCUCAUCUCGGUACCUAAUGGCAGUCAGGCUACCUCUGGCGAGCACAUGGAGGGCUGUGCGGCCCCACAAAGAAAUGCCACCCAACACCAUGACUGACCCAUCGCCAAACCGGUCAUGCUGGAGGAUGUUGCAGGCAGCAGAACGUUCUCCACGGCGUCUCCAGACUCUGUCACGUCUGUCACAUGUGCUCAUGUGCUCAGUGUGAACCUGCUUUCAUCUGUGAAGAGCACAGGGCGCCAGUGGCGAAUUUGCCAAUCUUGGUGUUCUCUGGCAAAUGCGAAACGUCCUGCACGGUGUUGGGCUGUAAGCACAACCCCCACCUGUGGACGUCGGGCCCUCAUACCACCCUCAUGGAGUCUGUUUCUGACCGUUUGAGCAGACGCAUGCACAUUUGUGGCUUGCUGGAGGUCAUUUUGCAGGGCUCUGGCAGUGCACCUCCUUGCACAAAGGCGGAGGUAGCGGUCCUGCUGCUGGGUUGUUGCCCUCCUACGGCCUCCUCCACGUCUCCUGAUGUACUGGCCUGUCUCCUGGUAGCGCCUGCAUGCUCUGGACACUACGCUGACAGACACAGCAAACCUUUUUGCCACAGUUCGCAUUGAUGUGCCAUCCUGGAUGAACUGCACUACCUGAGCCACUUGUGUGGGUUGUAGACUCCGUCUCAUGCUACCACUAGAGUGAGAGCACCGCCAGCAUUCAAAAGUGACCAAAACAUCAGCCAGGAAGCAUAGGAACUGAGAAGUGGUCUGUGGUCACCACCUGCAGAAUCACUCCUGUUUUGGGGGGUGUCUUGCAAAUUGCCUAUAAUUUCCACCUUUUGUCUAUUCCAUUUGCACAACAGCAUGUGAAAUUUAUUGUCAAUCAGUGUUGCUUCCUAAGUGGACAGUUUGAUUUCACAGAAGUGUGAUUGACUUGGAGUUACAUUGUGUUUAAGUGUUCCCUUUAUUUUUUUGAGCAGUGUAUUUAAAAUGCUUCCUUCAUGAAGUAACCAUUGAUCUCUAGGUAAUUAGAUUUUAAAAAGGCUCUAUCCUAUUGCCUUUAAUUACACUACUACAAGGAAGGAAAGAUGCAUCUUAAAUGAAUGAGGUCUUCUCUCCCUCUGGCUGCAUUUAAAAAAAACUGAAACAGUUAUUCCAAAUUGGCUUUGAUCAAAGGUCUACUUUUUGUGGACACUCAUUAUGAACAAAGCUGUAUCCUGAUAAUGCUCUUAAUGUUAAAUAAAAUGUUAACAUUUAUUUAUGAAA